UCCUCCUGGUCUCUCACGGGGAAGCUGCGCCGCCAUUGGCUGGCGGAGGGCGGGUGAAGAGGCUGGCCAUUGGCCGCGCCGCUGCUUCCUCCCCUGCCGGGGCUGCUCGCCGCCGAACGGGCCGCUCUUAAGGGAGCGGAGGGGGCGCUCGCUUCGCGUGCGCGCAGGGACCGAAUGGCCUGGGCCGAGGAAGGAGGGCAGGGCGCCUCCGCGCAGGGCAGCGGAGCCGAAUUGGGACGGCCUGUGAAGCUGCUGCAAGCCCGGGAAGCUGUUGCGCGGCCCUGCGGCUCCAGGCAAUGAAUCUAUAGCUGCUGUGCCUUGUGAAAUCUGGGUGCACCUCCAGCCCAGAUCAUCUUGCAGCAUCUUUACAGCUAACCACCUUCGUCCUUAUGAGAAUAUUGGACUCCUUUCCUCACAAGCCCACAAUGGCAGUGGAUGUAGCCAUGCAGGUCUACCUUCGCACACCCUACUUGCGAAGGGAGAGUUUUGCCUGCAAAAUUGCUCCGAAGCCGAAGACGCCUUUGCGGCCUUGCAUCCAUUUGAACAGCAACACCGAGCUAAACGAACUGGGGGAGGAAGUCAAAGCGCUGCAGAGUAACCGGGUGAAAAAGAGGGUUUCCUUUGCGGACAGCAGGGGCUUGUCUCUCACGGUCGUCAAAGUGUUCUCCCAGUUUGACGAGCCGUUGGAGAUCCCAUUUAAUAUCACGGAACUAAUAGACAACAUUGUGGGCCUGACGACCGUGGACAGAGACGACUUUGUCUUGGAUUUCGUACAGCCUUCUGCAGAUUAUUUGGACUUCCGGAAUCGCCUCCAAGCCGACUACGUCUGCCUUGAAAACUGCAUGCUGAAAGAUAAAGCCAUCAUCGGCACCGUGAAAGUCAGGAAUCUUGCAUUUGAGAAGGCUGUGAAGAUCCGGGUGACAUUUGACACCUGGAAAACCUUCACAGACUACCCAUGCCAGUAUGUUAAGGACACGUACGCAGGUUCAGAUAAGGACACGUUCUCCUUUGAGGUCAGCUUGCCAGAAAGAAUUCAACCCCAUGAAAGAAUAGAGUUUGCUGUGUGUUAUGAGUGUGAUGGCAAGGUAUACUGGGACAGCAACAAAGGCCUCAACUACAGGAUCAUCCGGUCUGAACUCAAAUCUGCCCGGGAGAUUUCUCAGCCGCAGGGCGGACCUGGCUUUGGGAUUGCCUUUGACCAGUUUGGAAGCCCCCGGUGUUCCUACGGCCUGUUUCCUGAAUGGCCCAGCUACUCAGGGUAUGAGAAGCGCGGGCCUUAUUACUGAAUGAAAGAUCUGGACUCUGUAUUUGCAAACAUCCUGCUCAGCAAACGUCUGGGCGUUUGCUGCAAGGGCACAGUUGAGAAAGGAGGCUCGCAUGAGUUGGCAGAAACUGAAACUGAAGGACUUGCGAAACUCCUGACUGCAGAUGGUUUUUAAAAACAGGUGCUCUUUGCAUCAUCCUGGAUGUAAUGAAUUUAAACAGCUAGAAAAGGGGAGAUCUCUUUGCUGUCUUAAGAUUAACGUUGCCAAGUCUCCCAAGUCCAGUUCAGCUUUCACUGCUUCGGUCCAAGCAGUUCUGCUGACGUGUUUUGAGGUUCACCACAGUAUUGCAAGCCGUACAGAGAAAUGUUUGCCUAUGCUUCACCUGUUGAGCUAUGGAACCCUGCUGGGGUACACAUCUCCAAAAAGCUAUUCCAUGUUUGACAAAGAACUAUGGAGUCAAUAUCCAGCCUUGUGAGAAAGCUAUGCUAGCAUCUUCCCUUAUCUACUUUGUCCGAUCUGGAAGCGACCAAGGCCUUCAAAUAGAAGUGGCUGUAAUUUUAGCUUGUAUUAUGACUCUGCUCCCUUCCAUUUUAGGAAAUGCCUUCAUUUGUGGGAAGAUAGCAGGGUGCUUACUCACUGUUCUGCCUUUUUUUUGACGAGAACAGUAUGUUUUAAGUUCUUCUCAACAAUGGCUGAGGCAGGAGAGUCUUUGGGGAGGUCAUUCAUGUUAUAAUCUCGUAGCCCCUGAGCAAAAUGUGUGUGUUAGCAUAGGUUGAGGGGCUGCGAUCUUAUUAAUGUGCCUUGAACAACUACUUUGGGUUGGCUGCAAAGAGUAAAAAUAUCUAUUUUUUUAUGAACACAUAACUUUUCAUAUGACCGUUUUAUUUAAAUGUAUUUCUUUUGAGCCUGGUAUAGUUGUCUGGUUAAAUAACUGUUUUGUUUUACUACUUCCCCAUCCCCAUUAAUUUUAUAAAAUUGAGUGUUACUGACAAAAUCAAAUAAAGGUUAUCGACUUGUAUGAGGAAUAUUCGUUAUGUUCAGUGCAACAUCCCUGCCCCACUGCUCACUCACAGAAAGGACUGUACAUCAAUGAUACAGCAUGUGUUCUCUGCUAGCAGAAAAUUCCAGGUUUAAACCCUGGGUAGGACAUGGAGAGACUAUGGUUGAAACCCUGGAGGGCCACUUUGGGGCAGUGUUGACCAUACAGAGCUAGGCAGCUAAUGACCUGACCUAGUAGGAGGCAGUUUUGCAUGUUCCUGUAGGCUAGGAAAGGAGAGUGGAGGAAGGGCAGGAGGAAGCAAGGACUGUGGAGCCUUCUCUAUAAGCCAAAAAGAAAGAAAGAAAGAUUGGGUUGUUAAUUUCCACACUAGCUUCACAGUACAUAGCUACAGCAGACAGCCAUGUUUCAUGGUCCAUUGGGGACUGUUAGAUCCAAGCCCCUACGUUGUGACUUGAACACUAAAGAAAGCCAUUUAGCUUCCCUCCACCCUUUGUACUGUGCAGGCCCAGCUCACAAGAGCUUUUGACAGUUGCAAGUGAAUUCUCAACCCAAACACAUGAGACAAACGAAUCUGUGGAGUAUUGCGGCUCAGUCGUGAAGCAAACGUGAGUUAUGCCAGCUCUACUCAAGUAUGGGGUUACAGUAAGGCGGACUGAAAGUUAAUUUUGUUAUGUGAGCUAUAGCUCCAUAAUCUGCUGAUGAAAUAUUGUAAGACUCUUGGGUCAGAUUUCUAAGCGCCCGGCUACCUAACCCUACUGGUUCCUCUUGCAUUCUGUUACAUGAAACUGCUCAGAUCAUCUUGAAUUGUAAAGUACAUGCAUCCAUACAAUGCUGUGUGCUUUAGGUUGGCACACAAUAGAAGAACUUUGUCUUGGAAUGUCCACUUGUUGUUAAAUAUGGAAAAGGAUCCUAAUUAAUGUGCCACUAAUGGCCAGAACCUGAAUUCCUACUUGGAACUGUGCUUAUAAGCAUCUGCAUGUUGGAAAUGCCAGCAUUAAGUACCCAGGUGGUCUCAGAUGCUAGCACUUUUAAAACCCAAAAUCUGCUCCCCCACAAAGAGUAGAAAAUAAUCUGCUAGCGUAACUUGGUCUGAAUCUAGCUUCCUAAGAGUUGAUGCUUAUCUAGUCACCAACCCACCUCCUCCUUUACUAAUCUAGAAUGGGAGGAGCAGCUUCCGAGGCACUGGGAUGUUCUGGGGAGAAGUGAGAGUGGCUGAAUCUGCUCCAGUGUUUUCAUUUAUUCUCUUCGGUUACAGAAAAAGCAAUCCAGCUCACUGCUAUGGUUGCGAUAGCUUUAACAGAGUGAUAGAAGGAAAGGAUUUAUUUCCCAGCGAUGAAAACCGUAAUGAAUGAGCGAAAUAUAGUUAAAAUACAACCUUAGGAUUGCAACUGGUAAGAUUACAAGAGCCCGUAUUAAAUGGUUUCAUCUUUUACGGAACAGUUUCUACCAGAUACUUAAAUUCCUCAUGGGAAAAUAAUGCUAUUUUUGCACUUUACUUCUGAGUAGAUGUCAUCCAUGGAAAAACCAGCAAUAUCACUAACAGGUUUUUUCCCCCAGAACUGUCCCUAGAUGUUCAGUUUUGAGUAAAGUGGAAAAGUUGAGUUGUGAAGAUCCACCAGUCUUUGAUUGAAGGCUACUUUACCCAGAGGUCUGAGUCGCACAUUGCCCCAGUAUUUGGAUUUUAUAUGAGGCUGGGGUAUAAGAGUGAGAUUUAAUCUUACAGGCCUCUAGUCAUGGGCUAAGCUUACAGAUUAAAGACCUGCUUGUUUGAUCCACUACAUGUAAAACCUACAUACUGGGACCAUGUGUAGGAACUGGACCAAGGACUCAAGUAAAUGGGGAAGAAGUAUUGGAACUGAGGAGCUCCAGCAAGAUCACUACAUAAAUCCAUCAGACUGUUGGAAAAGUUAGGAUCCAAUUUCUUCCAUAAAGCUGAACUCCUAAGGGCUAAAAUUACUUCCUUUGGAGCUACUUCAGGACAGUACAUUCUUGUAAAUAAUAAUAUAUAUGUGUAGCUAGAUGGGUGGGGACUUUACUGACUCUGCUAAAGGUGUCUGUAAGUAACUUGCCAGGCAAGCAGCUGGAGACAAGACUGUGAAAUGGAAACUAGGAAUGGUUCUCCCAAACAACCCCUUUCAUUUCAACUCUUCCCCCGCCAUUUUGUUUUUAAAGUCAUCUUCCUGGCUUCCUGGUUCCAAUUGCCAAUAUGAAUGUAACUGAGGAAUUGUCAUCCUUGGUUUUAUGCUUCAGUGCCUUGCAUGUUUUUAAAUAUUUUGUACACAACUGAAAAAAUGCACUUUACAAUCACAAUGGAUUUGUUUUCUGUAGUACUGUCUGUAAUAUCACAAGGCUUUUGUUUUUAUCUUGAAUAAAAGAAAAUGUUACAAGGA